GAUUAUUUAUUUUAAUCUGCGUGGAGCUACUUGUCAGAAGAGCCCCAUAAUGAGGCGAAUCCCUUCCAGGGCUGUCGGCAGUGACCUGACUCAUAAUCUGCUGCAGCCUCGUCAGCUGAUCGGUGGAGGGGUGGUCAGGUCCCGGACGCACAAAGCUUCCCGGUAAACUGAUCCCAGAGUAGCGCGCGCUGAGACCAGGCUGCAGCCGAACCUCCAGCUGCUCCAGCGGACUGGAACCGGAUGAGUUCUGCCUGAGUUCUACUGGACCGCGCGUGGUGCAGGUGACCAUGGAGAGGCAGGUGUUCCAGCGAACCAGGGAGGCCUUCCUCAGCGGUAGGACUCGUCCUUUGGAGUUCAGACUGCAGCAGCUUCAUGCCCUGCAGAAGAUGAUCACAGAGAAAGAGACAGAGAUCUCCACCGCCCUCAAGCAGGACAUCAACAGGAGCCAGUACGACACUCCACUCCUGGAGCUGAUUGGCAUUGAGAACGAGAUCAAGCUGGCCAUUGAGAAGCUUUCUGACUGGGCAGCUCCUCGACCAGUAGAGAAGAACUUGCUCACGAUAUCAGAUGAGGUCUACGUUCAGCCGGAGCCCCUCGGAGUGGUCCUCAUCAUUGGGGCCUGGAACUACCCCUGGUCCCUCACCCUGCAGCCACUGGUGGGGGCCAUUGCAGCAGGCAACGCCGCCGUGGUGAAGCCGUCUGAGCUGAGCGAGUGCUCAUCCCUCCUGCUCCGGGCGCUGCUGCCUCGCUAUGUGGACAAGGACCUGUACCCGGUGGUGAUCGGCGGGGCGUCAGAGACCCAGGAGCUGCUGAGGCUCAGGUUUGACCACGUCUUCUACACAGGCAGCAGCAGGGUGGGUAAGCUGGUGAUGGAAGCUGCAGCUCACCACCUGACCCCAGUGACCCUGGAGCUGGGGGGCAAGAGCCCCUGCUACAUCGACAAGAACAGCGACGUCAGGAUAGCCUGCCGUCGCGUCACCUGGGGGAAGUUUGUUAACUGCGGCCAGACGUGCAUCGCUCCUGACUACAUCCUCUGUGAGCCUUGCAUCCAGGGGCAGGUGGUCGAAUGCAUCCGACAAACUCUGCUGGAAUUCUAUGGCGCUGACCCCAAAUGCUCCCCCGACUACGGCCGGAUCAUCAACCAGCGGCACUUCAACAGAAUCCUGAGUCUGAUGGAGGGUUACACCCCUGUAGUUGGUGGACAGAGCGAUUCCUCACAAUGCUACAUCGCCCCCACAGUGCUAAAGGAUGUGCCCCCCCACUCCAGGCUGAUGCAGGAGGAGAUCUUUGGUCCUGUUCUGCCCAUUGUGACUGUCAGCGACAUGGAUGAUGCCAUUAGCUUCAUCAAUGAGAGAGAGAAGCCCCUGGCCCUCUACGUCUUCUGCUCAGACAAGAAGGCAAUAAAACGGAUGAUUGAGGAAACCACCAGCGGUGGAGUGACAGUCAAUGACAUCAUGAUGCACUACACACUCAGCUCGCUGCCUUUCGGUGGUGUUGGUCAGAGCGGGGUGGGCUGUUACCACGGCAAACACACGUUUGACCGGCUGAGUCACCACAGAGCGUGCCUCGUGCGCUCUCUGAACAUGGAGAGUGUGAAUCUGGCUCGUUAUCCUCCUCAGGAUCGUCGGCGGGCGCGUAGAGCUCGAAUGGCCCUCAGGUCUCCUCUGAUUGAUAUGUCCAAGCGGACGCUGAUCUGGGCUGUUGUUGCCACCAUCCUGGGCGUGUGUCUGUCCAUCGCCCUGCUGGUGAUCCUGCUCAUCGCCGCAGGCCUCAACUGUACCUGCUGGUACUGGAGAGGCUUCUAUAACUGAAGACGCAGCAGCAUGUCUCUUCACGUGACCCACACACUCUUGUUACACACAGAUACGUAGGGAGGGCAUAACCUUUUGAUGUUCUUGAGCUAACUUUUAUUUGCUGUGUGUUCAUUUUGUACCGGAUGUUCAACACUGAAAAUGCUGUUUGAGCAUUUUUAGGACAAAAUUUACUUCCUGGGGAAAUAAAGGUGUAAGCAGUUUUGUUCCAAUAUUAAAAGAUUUAAUAAUAAAA